AUGAUCACAUCCCUCGCAGCUAAGAAUACCACCCUGCCCGACCUCAACAGUCGAAAACUGCGUGUUGCGGUUGCUGAGCUUCAGGUUGUGAUUAAAACCGCAAGUAACCGCAAUCUCAUCCUACAUCAAAAUAACUAUGCUACAUCACAACGACAAACACUUAUUGAAAAAUAUGAGAAAGCUACAGAAGCACUUAUGCAAGAAGAAGGAGCGAGAAUGAUUGCAGAAGACGAGAACAUUCAGUCAAUUAUUUGCGAACAUGAUGAGGUGGCUGUUCAACUAAACGCGCUUUUGAACGAAAUUGAUCGUUUGAAGGCAUUUCAUUUGAUGGACACCCCUUGCCCAGAACGCCUUGCUCGUAUUGCCGAGAGGUACAACGCACCUGUAGACGCUCUGAAGCACUUGAAACCACCAUUCAUUCGCAAAAAUACUGGCGGUCUUUCUGGCUUCAACAUCUUUCAGAAACGCCCUUUUGAUUCUGAUGGGGCAAUUUGGAGGGAGAUGGAUAAAGGUGCCAGGAAACUGUAUGAAGACAAGGCACAAAUGUUGAAUGGGGAGAUGAUUGGUACACAGAAGAGCAUGCGAGACAGGGAUGAAUGUGGUAUAGAAAGCAUUUGCUUUCUUGUACCAAGCAAAACGGACGGCGUCAUCAAGCCUUAUAAGGAUGGCUAUGGCUUUGCGCAAAUAGCACACAAUGCCGUUGAUACGAAUGUUGCCUCUGUUCCAUCUUUCGCUACACCAAGUUCUUCUGCGACUACUACUGCCACUACCACUAUUAUUCCGUCUACCACCACCACCACUGCCACGAAUCACAGUGUGCCUGCGCCAUCUCUUCAUCGUAACGAGAAAGAUAUGUGGGAUACCAUAUUUGGUCUAUAUAGGCAAGCUGUACAGCAAUUUUAUGGCAUUCAUAUCGAUGACAAUGCCCAUAUGCCCUGGAAGGAUGAAUGGAUGUAUGAGGAUAUUGUCAUGGAAGGCUGGCCGGAUAUUCCGCGCGAUCAUCCUUCUCGUUUGUCUCGACAUGCGAAAUUUGAGCUUGCCGGAUGUUUGAACAACAUUCGAUUCGUGCUAGCACCAAGACAGCAACAACAGCAGCAGCAGGAAUAAGGAAAAUCCUUUCAAGAUCACUUAAUAUAUAUACUACAUAUUUACGACUGACAAUCCGGAUCAAUAGGUUGCAUUUUCUAUUGGUUUUAUGUAGACGCUAUGAAGGUUUUUGUGAGAGUAUGGUAUUACAGUAAUACUUAGACUCCAAUGUAUGGCGUUUCUCUGGUAGGUUAAAAUAUAUAAUUAAGCGGUAAGCAAUGGUAUAAUAGCAGCUAGCAAAAAACUUUAUCUAGUGGAAUAUGAGUUAUUAUUUUUGGUUUGUAUAUGUCUCGAGUGACGUACUUUAAUACCACAAUUGUACUUGCACCUUCUUCCUAAAGGAUAUCUGAAGCUAUAUACGUCCUAUCUAUUUCGUGGGUUUAUAUUACUAUAUGAUAAGUAAAACGAGCAAAGAGAUCGGGGUAUAGCUAUCUAUGGUUAUGGUACAGUCUCAAAUCUCUCAUUGUUAUAAGACAUCGAUAUAUUUCUGC